GCUUUCCAAAAGAGAUUUUAUGUUUUCUAAUUGCUUCAGUUAUUGAAUGGAUAAUAUCGUGGCAGUUAUACCAGAAGUAAAGAAAGUCGAACAAGAGCCCCACCGCCUUAAACAAAACAAAACAAAAAAAGGGACAGCGUAAACAAUGCAGGCCGGGUGCGGUGGCUCACGCCUGUAAUCCCAGCAUUUUGGGAGGCCAAGGCGGGCGGAUCACGAGAUCAGGAGAUCGAGACCAUCCUGGCUAAUACGGUGAAACCCCGUCUCUACUAAACAAAAUGCAAAAAUUAGCCAGGCGUCGUGGCGGGCACGUAUAGUCCCUGCUACUCGGGAGGCUGAGGCAGGAGAAUGGCAAGAACCCAGGAAGCGGAGCUUGCAGUGAGCGGAGAUCGCGCCACUGCACUCCAGCCUGGGCGACAGAGCGAGACUCCGUCUCAAAAAAAGAACAAACAAACGAAAAAACUGAAUGCAAUCAAAUUGUCAAAUGUAAAACGCUAUUAUAGAGUCAAGGUUAAGAUCAUUGAUGUUAGGAGUCAGGCAGACCUACAUUUGAGUCACUUACCCAGACAUCUCUGAGUUAUAGUUCCCUUUCUACUCUUCUGAAAAAUGGCAGUAAUGCCUCAGCGGGUUAUUGUGAAGAUUAAGUGAAGUAAUGAAGGUAAAGCACUUGACACAACGCCUGGCAAGUAGUAACUUCUUAAAAAAUGGUAGCGGCCGGGCUCGGUGGCUCAUGCCUGUAAUCCUAGUACUUUGGGAGGCCGAGGCGGGCGGAUCACGAGGUCAGAAGAUCGAGACCAUCCUGGCUGACACGGUGAAACCCCGUCUCUACUAAAAAUACAAAGAAUUAGCCGGGCGUGGUGACGGGCGCCUGUGGUCCCAGCUACUCGGGAGGCUGAGGCAGGAGAAUGGCACGAACCCGGGAGGCGGAGUUUGCAGUGAGCAGAGAUCGCACCACUGCACUCCAGCCUGGGCGACAGAGCGAGACUCCGUCUCAAAAAAAAAAAAGGGAGGGCAUGGGAUCAGCUACCUGUUUCUGCCUCAACCAUGGACCAAUAAUAUGAGAUCUUUGUUCACCAGUUCUACAGUGAUGGGGUGCUUCCUUUUGGCUUCUGGAAUGGGUGCGUUUGCUUCUGAGGAUCUCCAGUGUCACAACAAACGCAUGCCAGCCCUGUUUUACAGGGAGCCCUGGAGGAGUUGGGAUAGAGGCCACAUUGACUGAGGAUAGUUGCCAGGGUCCUGCAGUUAUACACAAAGUCCUUAGGAUAAGACCAUGGCCCUGAGAGCAUGUGGCUUGAUCAUCUUCCGAAGAUGCCUCAUUCCCAAAGUGGACAACAAUGCAAUUGAGUUUUUACUGCUGCAGGCAUCAGAUGGCAUUCAUCACUGGACUCCUCCCAAAGGCCAUGUGGAACCAGGAGAGGAUGACUUGGAAACAGCCCUGAGGGAGACUCAAGAGGAAGCGGGCAUAGAAGCAGGCCAGCUGACCAUCAUUGAGGGAUUCAAAAGGGAACUCAAUUAUGUGGCCAGGAACAAGCCUAAAACAGUCAUUUACUGGCUGGCAGAGGUGAAGGACUAUGAUGUGGAGAUCCGCCUCUCCCAUGAGCACCAAGCCUACCGCUGGCUGGGGCUGGAGGAGGCCUGCCAGUUGGCUCAGUUCAAGGAGAUGAAGGCAGCGCUCCAAGAAGGACACCAGUUUCUUUGCUCCACAGAGGUCUGAGCUGACUGGAGCAGUCAUUUGCUUCAGUAGGAUCCUUGUGGGCCUUCUAAGAUGAAGCCACCCUCAGGUCCAGGGAAGGUUGUGCUGGUAUUUGGCUCAUCACAGCCAAGAGCAGAUAGAUUUGUGAAAUCGGCUCAACUCCCAGGUGAGAGCAAGCAAAAAUCUUGGCUGGGUGGAAAGGAAGGCAAAGAGUAAAAAUAAAAAAGGCCAGGCCCAGUAAGUGUACCUUGUACUUUAUAAAUAAACCUCAAGCAGCUCAAGGUUGUCCUUCUAA